GCCAAUGUAAGGAGCAGGUGUGACUUCCUUUUGCCUUGGUCAGUAGAAGCUGGGGCUGGUGAAGGGCACUCAUUCUUGAUAUUGCUGCUGACACUAAGAGAUCAGUCAUGGGAGGUCACGAUUCUGGCAGUCACCAUCAAUUCACUGGUAUCCAAAAGUACUUCAAUGCAUAUACCAUCACAGGAAGAAGGAAUUGUGUAUUGGCCACGUAUGCUGGGAUUGCAGGGUUGAUCCUAUUCUUUAAAUUGAAGCCAAAGAAACAGACUCCUGCCGUCACAGACAAAUAACAGUAUCGUUCAACAAAACAUGUGAAGUCCGCUGUCGAAACUGUAACUCCAUCCCCUGAAACAACCACAUACUUGGAUUUGUAUUAUUUUAUUUACAAAAUAACAAGUUUAAAAAAAAAAAUCUGUACAAAAGAGGCAGUGAUGUCCUGCCCAUCGGUUCACUUUACAGUUCAGCAUAGCACAGUUUGUUGGAGGUAUAUGUUUAAAUAAAUGUCUUUAUUCCACUUCAA